AUGGUUGUUGUGGACUUUGAUCUCAAGUUCACUUAUGUCUUAGCUGGCUGGGAAGGGUUUGCUCAUGAUGCACUUAUUCUUUCUGAUGCCAUUGAGAGGCAGGAUGGGUUCACUAUGCCCCAAGGUAAAUAUUACUUGGUGGAUGCUGGGUAUGUAUGCAGAAAUGGUUUCCUACCUCCAUACAGGGGUGUCAGGUACCAUUUGAGUGAGUUUGGGUCUAAUAUGCCUACCAAUGCCCAGGAGCUGUUCAAUCUACGACACUCAUCACUUAGAGUCACAAUGGAGAGGGCUAUAGGUGCACUGAAGAAUAGGUUCAGGAUCUUGGACAACAAGCCAUUUCACAAGUAUAAGACCCAAGUAAAGCUUGUCAUUGACUGCUGCUUCAUACACAACUGGAUCUUGGGGUUUGGUACUGAUGAGCAUGUCCCUUCUGAGGUUGGGUUCACUGGUACUCUGCCUGACCCACAUGAUACUGACAGCCAAGAACAAGACUUUGUACUCAUGGCUGCAAAGAGGGAUGGAAUCUGCAAUGCUAUGUGGGAGGGGAGGGGCACCCAUAGAAUUUGA